CAUCCACCAAAUGAAAAAAAAAAUUAGUGUAAUUAUUAUAUAAACCAAGAUACAAUAAAACUAUGCUAUCCUUUUCCCUCUUUUAAUCAUUUAUAAACAAAACAACAUGCAAGCCUCAAGUUCUUUCUUACCUAUGGAAAACCCAACAAGUGGAUCUACAGUAACUGAUCCAGGCAAACCAUUUCAAUCCCAUCCUAAACAAGAGGAAGAAAUAAACGCUGCCAUGGGUUCUGAUAAUGCAGCUGACACGUCUACUCUUCAAAGCAUUAAAGAUAGUUUACAUGAUAUAAAAGAGAAUGUCAAGGAAACUCUUCAACGAGAUCAUCCUCGUGGUCAAGAAUAUAAAAAGAAGCCACAAGAUGGAAUGACGAAUCCAAUGGAAUAGAUUAUUAGUUUAAAUUGUAUAUUUUCUUAUAAAAUUAAAAUAAAUAAUAUUCAUAUCAGGAACUCUUUUUUUUUAAAAAAAAACAAAAAAAAAGUGACUCG